AUGCCGGCAUUGGACGUUCCCGAGAUGGGUUUGUCUCUACAGAGAGACAAACCCCGAGGUGGCCUUACAACAAAACACGCCCAGAUGAUGCGGCUGAAUCUGGCUCAGAGCACCCUUGAUGACCUGAUUCAGAGCUUACGACACGACCAACCGGCUCGAGUCCGCCUAGGCAAACACCCAACCCUCAUCUACGGCUCCAAAUCCCAAUCGUUCCGUUCUUUUCCCGAAACCCACCGGUCCGAGAUCUACACCAGCUCCGCUGACAAAGAGAAUUUAUAUUUUACUGGUGUUCUGAGCCAUAGCUUGGAGGUGGAAAAGGCCAAAGAGGCCACUGCAGCUACCGACCAGGCGUUAGCCAAUCUGGAGCAGAGCCUAAAUGCCUUUGAAAGAGGGAAGGAAUCGAAGAAAACUCAUAUAAUUACAAGCAUUGACGAGGUCCGGGCUCUACGAGCGGGUGACAGCCGAUCCAGUACUGGACGCCAGGCUGCUCUUUUAGCUGGCAAACCCUCAAGCAAGGUUGAAUUGGAAAAAGAUCGUUUGCUUAAGAACGCUGCCAAUCGCUCGGUGUCCUCGAGCCCGGCUCUUGGAAUCUCCCGAUCUCCUGCCUCCAUUGAUCAUCUCACACCCACCUCGGCUCCGCCCUCUCAGAACAAGGAUCGCAUCCGCCUGGACGCCCUCAAAACCCCUUUUAUCCACCUCCUCGCCAUCCGUGCCGUUUCUACGAAGUUCCUUGCACGUCAGACCCGAUCGUCACUUGAGGACUGUGUGGCUCUGGCCCGAAAAUACGGCACCGAGAAUCGAAUUAACCCGGAGAAAUUUGACCUCAAGGACAAAACGUAUCGGGACCUCGACGUGUGGAACUUUCCAUAUCCCUGUCAGGAGGACCGCCAGGAAGCCAUUGAGAAUGCGAUCUCGGCAUUUGAUCGCCUGCGAAUUUCUCGCUCCGACAAGCUGUGGCAGAUGCUUUUGCCGAAGGAGGAACGUGGAAAGAGCAAAUGCCUCUCGCGGCUGGACCUGCGGACAGGCCCCAUAAAGAAGCCACAGACCCCUCGCAUACAAGUGCACAACCCCGACGAGAUCGGCAAAGAAGGUUACACCACUGGCCCAGAUGCUGAUCGAGCUAGUGGUAAUGGCCUGACCCCUAAAACGGAAGCCACAUCAGCUCCGAAGUCCGGUACAACUGCACAGAAGAAGCGGCCCGGCGAAAAAGAUACUUCCAAGCGUCCUUCCGCCAAGAGCAAAACUGCUACAAACAGUACCUUGACUGGACGGGUCACCAAGAAGGCAGAGCGAAAGUCAGCAUCAAAGCCAGACAGCAAAUAUAAAUCCGCAGAGUUUGUUCAUGAUUCGGAUGAGGAUGAUACAGACGUACCAGACUUAUCGGCGUCGGAGAAGCCUCAGGCAGGCAAAUCCAAAACACAAUCCAAGCCACCUAGCAAGCCAAUCGAUACUACCCCCCGAGAAUCACCCCACGCACCAACACCCAAGGUCGACACGCCUGAAAUUCCAACUGCAAAGCCGGAAUUAUCAUCCCAAACAUCGUGCAAAUCGACCUCGUCGAAAAGGCUCCCAUCGUCAUGUGGGCCCGGCCAGAAAUCCCCCCAGAAGCCAUCGCCACUUGGGUCGUCGCCCCCAACCAAUGUCUCUGAUAUACAAAGCCGCAGUCGUUCUUCUAGCCAAAACCAUACCUCCAGCUCUUCCUCUUCUCCAUUAAUCACACAGAUAUCCAAGACAAACAAAACUAAUAGGGAGAGUCCUACCGCUUCAAAGCAGCCGAAAACCAAUGGGAUUGUGAAGCCGAACCCGGCGGUGAAUCCUUUGAAGCGUAAGGCAGAAAUGGACCUGCCUUCAACGACGCAAUCUCUUGCCCCCGGAUGUAUCACGGGCGACUUGGAGCUCAAACGAAGGCGAGCGGUAAGCACGUCGAGUGGCAGUACUGGAAGUGCUUCGCCUCCUCUCAGUCGUGAAAUCCUACUCCAGCAGCUACAAGCGAAAUCACAGAAAUUCAAACAAUUCUAUGCCAAGUAUCGCACGUUAUACGACUCAAUGGCAGCUCAUCCGGACCCGCCACGGGCAGAUCUGGAUCGACUGCAAAAACAGCAUGUUCGACUGCAGCGAAUGAAGAAAGAGAUUUGGGAUGAAGACCGACGCCUUCGAGAUGGGUUAUAA